GUGCGCGUGCGAGGACGAAAAGCUGUCAUCUGAAUAUAUGAUACUUAAAUCGUCGAUAUAAAACGCCCCCUACCCCAUGCGUUUUAGAUUACCCGGCUAUGUUUGGCUCUUCCGGUUAAGUAGCCUUACCGGUGAACUGCGCUUGUCCGCGAGUCCCUCCUGCCGUUUGAGACCAGCAUUUCACACCGGUCCUCCCUUACUCUUCGCCCGGAAAUUCACGAUGCAGUCGAGCCAAAAUGUGACCAGCAGCGACGGUUGUGGAAAGGAGGGCUUGGCUGAGGCAGAGAAUCCAAGGCCGGGGCUGUUCAGGACCAUUCCGGCUGUCACAGCAGAAGAUGCGGGUCCUCCGCUGGAGAACAAAUUCCUGGGAGUUGUCGCUAACGAGAGAAACUUGAGGACCCCGAGCCCUCUGUUUGGGGGAAAUUACGAUGACGACUCGGAGGCAGAGGCUUUCCGGGAUGGAAGAUCCGAGGAGGUCGACCGGGACACCAGGGGCAGGGCGUUUGCCUGGUGCCGAGACUUUCUGUCAGGGGCCUGGAAGACGAUCGAUGAGGAGGAUUUUCAAAUUAGCAUUGUCAGCGGUGGACUGAGUAAUCUGCUGUACCUGUGUUGUCUGCCCCACCACGUGAGAUGUGUGGGAGGGGAACCUCGCCAGGUGCUCCUCAGAGUCUAUGGUGCCAUCCUACAGGGAGUGGACUCCCUGGUGUUGGAGAGUGUGAUGUUUGCCAUCCUGGCAGAACGAACACUAGGACCAAAACUUUAUGGCAUCUUCCCCGAGGGACGCUUGGAAGAGUACCUUCCGAAUACCUGCAUGCGCACAGAUCAACUCUCAGAUUCAGCCAUAUCAGCUGAGAUUGCCACCAAGUUGGCACGUUUCCAUAAAAUGAGCAUGCCCUUUAACAAAGAGCCUAAGUGGCUGUUUGGGACCAUCGACAAAUACAUGGAUCAAGUGAUGAAUCUCAGUUUUACACGUGAAGCACAUGUGAAGAAAUACAAUAAGCUGAUGAAGCACGACCUGCCUGCUGAGCUUGAGAGUCUCCGUGCCUUGCUGGCAGCGACUCCAUCGCCAGUGGUGUUCUGCCACAAUGACGUCCAGGAAGGUAACAUUCUGAUACUGGACAAGGAGGACCAUAACUCAAGAGACAGACUCAUGCUGAUCGACUUUGAGUACAGCAGUUACAACUACAGGGGUUUUGACUUCGGGAACCAUUUCUGUGAAUGGAUGUAUAACUACACCUAUAACCAGUGGCCCUUCUACAAAGCCACAGUGGACGACUAUCCUACCAGAGAGCAGCAGCUUCAUUUUAUCAGAAGUUAUUUGGCAGAACAGAAAAAAUACACUGCCAUUACCGUGGACCAGACACAACUGGAAGAGGACAUGAUAGUUGAAGCUAACAGGUAUGCACUGGCGUCACAUUUCCUCUGGGGGCUGUGGUCCAUCAUUCAAGCAAAGAUCUCCAAGAUUGAGUUUGGAUACAUGGACUAUGCCCUGUGUCGUUUUGAUGCCUACUUCAAGCUCAAAAAGCUCUGGUCCUGAUUUCCACCAUGUGAAUCCGAAUCUAAUGUCUCUAUUUUCAACCAUGUGAUAUCGACACUCUGGUCCUAUGCAGCUCUGCUUAUGACAAGCAAUGUGUGGUGAAGGAUCGACAUUUACAUUUUAACAUGAUACAGGCAAUCCAUUUUAUUUAAGUACCUUUACACAUCGUGUGAAGGAGCACUUAUUAGAGCAGUUAUAGCUCUACAGCAUUUAAUGUUUUUCUGUUUCAAUCAUUUGAAGGGCUCAGUCAAUGUGAUGGUCAGCUGCUGUGAUGGAGAAUGGUGAUUGCCAGAGUAUCUGUGUCUUGUAAUUUCAGACGGUAAAUCUCACUGUUAAAAUAAUUUUUGUUUACUAAAACAAAUAGUAUUAAGUUCAGUGUGAAAGGCUUUUGUAUAUCUCUUUAAUUUAGUUUUUUCAGUCAUUCUACCUCUCUCUUUUCUUUUGGUGUUCAUUCUACAUUAGACUUUUUCUUUCACGGUCCAAUAACUUUAAGUUAAAUACUUAACCUACAUUCAGCAAGUUAUUGCACGAGGGCUAUUUUAUACAGUAUCACUGUAGUCAACAAUACUGUCAAUGUAACCAUUAGAACAGUUCCAAAGUUUAAGACAGUUAAGUUAGUAACAUUAGAUCUGUAUUAACUGUACAUUUCUGCCGCACCUUUAACUGUUAUUCGGUUUGUAUUACCUUUCGUGUUGAUGAUGUUUUUCAGAGCUGUUUCUUGUGUUCUGCUUUUGUCUUGGCUGAGAACCAUAACCUAGAAUAUUUAAAUGUUUGUCAUUCUACCUACUGAAUUAGGUUAACUAUAAUGUCUAUGCGGCACAUAUAUGCAACCUCGUCAAUCUGAAUUGCUUAAAUUAGAAAAUCUGUAUUAUAAUAAAGUCACAACACGACUUUCCCUUUUGCUUGUUUGAAUGUGAAGCAGGGUUUUGACAUUUUCUCGAAGCUUUUUUACUUCCUUUUUUAAUUUCCUUUAUGAUUCUUGUAUUUAUUUACACCGUCUCCUGUAUUUGUCAGACUGCACUGCCAUCAGUUAAUGUCAUGAUAUCCUUGUUUUACACUUAGCUACAUCAGUGUACUUUUGAGAAUGUACUAGACUUAACUGUGCCUCAUUAACUACCUGUAGCUGUUUUUUUUUUAAAUUGACAAUGUUUCAGUACCAUUUCUAUCUUUUAAAACUCUGUAUUGUAUUGGUCCUCUUUGCACUACUAAAAUUUAAAUUUAAAAGCUAAUAAAAAGAUGUGCUUAGAA